AUGGAAGAGCUGCAGGGGUGUGGUGGUCUGCCGCUGGAGGGGCUGCCAGUUGAGGUGGCGCAGCACGUCCUCGCCUUCCUUGAGCCGCUCGAUCUCCUGCACGCGAGCCAGGUGUGUGCCGGGUGGCACCAGCUGGCCGCCGACGAAUGGGUGUGGGAGCGCGUACACCACCACACCUUCGGUGGACCCCUGGUGACCGCCACUCCCAAGAAGGCCAAGACCAAGAAGAAGACGAAUUCAACUCAUUCAUCGCAAGAUGAAGAUGAAGAUGAAAGAAAAGAGGUAGAGGCCGCAGCACGCAGAAGAGCCAAAGAGUAUGAGGCGCGUAGCAAGACGUGGCGCGGUGCGUGCCUCAUCGCGGCCCGCCACGUAGAGACCAGGAAUGACCACCCCGCGGCCUUGGCACGGUGGGCCUGCGGCUGUGGCCACCACCGCCUCCUGGCCCGCCUGCUCGGCGACCACCACCGCGAGGCCACCGCGCACGAGCUCGACGCGCUGCUGGCGACGGCGACGACGGUCGGCCACGAGGCGGUGGUCGAGGUGCUGCUACGGCACGGCGGGGCCAACCCCAACUUCCCCGGCUCGGCAGGCCAGACCAUCGUCCACAAGGCCGCCAACCUGGGCCGCCUGGCCAUCAUCGAGUUGUUCUUGAGCUAUGGGCACAUCGCAGAGCCGAACAGGGUGCUGGUGGAGCUCAAGCGACGACAGGGCAAGGGCGCCAGCCGCGGGUCGCUCGCGCACCAGGCCGCCGCCCAGGGCCACCUGCGCCUCAUGGAAAUUCUGCUGACGUCAGCCGCAGCUUCGGCACCGGCCGACCGGCGCGACGCCGCGCGCGCCCUGCUGAGCGCCACCGACUCGCGCGGCUGGGCGCCGCUGCACCACGCCAUCCAGAACGGCCACAUCGAGAUGGUCGAGCUCCUGCUGCGGCACGGGGCCGACGUCGACCAGCUCCUUGUCAGCGGCACUCAGCGCGAAACGCCCAUCGCCCUGGCCAUCACCGCCGCUCACACCGCACACACCGCACACACCCAUUAUGUCGACAUUGUGCGUGCGCUGCUCCGGCACCACGCGCGCUUGGAGUCGAUCGCGGGCAACCCGGAGGCGGUGGGCGCCAUGCACGCGGCCUGCGCGGUGGGCGCGCUCGACGAGGUGGUCGAUCUGCUGCUGGCGGCCGGCGCUGACAUCAACGCGCGUCUGUCGGGCGACGGCCGCACGCCGCUGCUCGUUGCGCUCCGCUCGGCCCACUGCCGGCUGCGCACCGUCGAGCGGCUCGUCGAUGAGUGCGGGGCCGACCUGCGGGCCGCCGACCUGCGCGGCAACAACGCGUGGCACUACGUGUGCGUCGGGCGCCCGUCGGCCGAGAAGGUGGCGGUGGUCGAGUGGCUGCGCGGCCGCGGUGUGCCGCUGUCGCCAGCCGGUAGUAGUGCCCAGCAGUCAGGCGCGAUGCUCUUUGCGCUGCUAAACAGCCUGGUCCACCACUACCCGCACGAGAACGCCGACGCCGCGCGGAUGCUGGCGACGAUGUGGCGCCUGCUCGGGCCGGGCCUCGACGCCCGCCAGCGGCUCCGGGCGUGCCUCGAGGCCGCCCGCUGCCACCACACGCUCCUCGCCCAGCUCUUCGUUGUGGCCACGGCCGAUGAUGGCGCAGCUCCCGAUGCGGUGGUGGGCAUCGAUCGGGCGACCGCCACGCGGGUGCUGGCGCGCAUCGUGUCGCGCGGGUACAUGAACGGCUACGAGUGGCGCGAUCCCUUCGCGCUGAACAACGUCGCCUUCCUGGUGCGCGAGGGCGGGGCCGACGUCAACGCCCGCCUGCCGAGCCGCCAGUUCACCGACAACCCAAACGACGACGAUGACGAAGACGACAACGACGAUGACGACGAUGCGCGCGACGUGCAACCGAUCUGCUUCGGGGUGACGUGGUUCGACUUCAAGAUGCUCCAUCGGCUCCAGGAGCUCGGCGCCGAGCUGCGCGCCCGCAACGCCAUGGGCGACACGCUACUCGCGCACUACCUGCGGCCGACCACCACGGCCUGCCCGGCCACCACCGUGCCCUCGCACGACCCCGUCACCGACUGGCGCACGAUGGCCCUCUUCGUGAGCUGGCUCGCGCACCUCGUCAAGCGGCGCGGCGUCGAGGCCUCGCUGGCGGGCAUCUACCUCGACCUCGACCGGCCCGAGUACCACCGGUGGCCGGCCUGGGCCAAGACUCUCGUGCGCGAGUGGGUCACCCGGCCCGACCGGAACGAGUUCGAGUGGGACGCGUACGACACCAACGCCUGGCCUCGCCACGCGCUCAUGCUGGCCUGCCGCACCAACGAACCCCUUUGGUAA